CAUUACGAAUUUGUCAUUUGUAAGUGAAGGUACACACAAUACAAAUAUUCCAGAAGGAGUCUCCUCAAUUGCUCACUCACCAUACCGUGUGUGUGUGUGCUCAUAAUCGUAUUUACGGCUGUGUGAUUGUGUGUGUUUGGUGGAGUCGUCGUCGUGCAGUUUAACGUUGAGCGACGGUGGUUUUCCCCAUUUGAAUUCAGUGUACGUCUAGGACCAAACGGUACGGUACAACGGAUAAGCACCUUUGCAAAUUUUGGAAAACAAACGGCAAAACGUUAACGAAUUGAAAUGUAAAUGCCAUAAUAAAAAAAUAAUACAUAAGAAAUGGAUAAAAUAUAUAAAAAAUAAAACUUAAAGAAAAAAUUAAAAAAAAAUUGAAUUGAAAUAAAAGUGGAAAAAAUAUUCUCUCCACUUUGCGCGCGCGUAAAACAUUUCGUUACUCCAAAAAAUUAAAAGAAAAACAACAAUCAAAUAAAUACAAAAAAUUCCAACAACAAAAAAGUCAAAAAGGAAAAUGAAAUAUAUAUUUAUAUAUAAUUCCACAUUGAUGUGAUAUUUUUUUUUGUAAAAAGUGUCUUUGCUCAAACUCAUUCGCUGGCUCGCUCAGCCCAAAAGGGUCGGUUCGUCGUUCUGCCACAUCACAGUUGUAGUGUCGCCAGCAACAACAACGGCGACGCAGUCGACAGAACGAACGACACACGGAUUUUUAUUGGAGAGACAUCAUUUAUUUGCCAGUGGAAAUACAUUUGAGUGUGUAUGUGUGUGUGUGCGUACCCCUCCCUCUUUAUUUCCUGCAGCAACAUUAUAUUUCUUAAGUGACAUUUGUAUAUGUAUUUGUGAGGAUUUCGACAAUUGUUUGGCCACCGCCGCCGCCGUUUGCCAGCCAUCCACCACCAUCUUCAUCAUCCUCCUUACCAUCAUCCACAACAGCAACGUUUCUGUUUGGUUGAUGUCGUUCGUUUCAUUUGGUGGUGUAUAUCCAUUUGAUGUGCUCUGUGUGUGUUUGUUUUCGUUGUUUUUUUUAUUUUUCUUCAUUCAUUUUCACAUUUUGAUGUUGUUUUUGCAUCUCGUUUUGUUCGUUUCCAUUUCCAAUUACGUUUGGUUUUCGGUUACGAUUGCUUAACGUUUUCCAGCAAUAAUCAUACGUCGUGUGACACGCCGUCGGUUAACAACUGCUAACGGUUGAAUACGAGACCCAAGCGAAAUCGUAAAACGUGUAUUUUAAUUCUUUCAUUUUUUUUGGUCAAUAAUGAUAGGAAUUACAGAACAAUAACACACCACAAAAAAAAAAAAAAAAAAAUUAAAUAAUUAAAUGAAAGAAGAAGAGCAUUUGCCAACAACAACAACAGCCGCAGCAUCAUCAUCAUCGGUUUACAAAUACAUUCUUGCAACAAUCAAUCGCAGCGGUUUGUGGCAACGGCAAUGAUCGGCUACGCGUUCGCGUCUUUUGUGGACAGUUUUAAUUUCGAAUUGCAAUACAAAAUUAAUUAAAUAAAUAAUACAAAUAAAUAAAAAUAAAACAAUUUUCUAUUUUUUUAGAAAUUCUUAAAACAAAUAUAAAAAAAAAGAAAAAAAAAACUUACAAAUUAAAAAUUGGAAGAAGAUUAAAAAUGAACAUAUUCAGUGUACUGUGAGAAAAUUAAAAUAUUCCACGGAAAUUAAACUUAAAAAUAUCACCCAAAACACUUUUAAAUUAAACCUCCCCCGCCCAAAAGACACUAUGAUGCUCGGAGACUAGUAUGAUUUCGAAUUGUGUUGAGGAAAAUCAAAGUGAAAAACAAUUGCUAUUGGAAAAUCCAACGAAAAUCAUUGUUGUCGAUCAAGCCUCGCCGAAGGCCUUGAUUAAAGUGAAAAGUGAAUUUCAUUUAAAUGCCAUAACGCAAGAAAUGAACAAUAAUAAUAAUAACAAUAACAACAAUAAUAACAAUAACAUAACAUUGCAUAACAACAACAAUCACUGUGACAAAAGUCCUUUACACGCCAAACUGAGUCCUUCAUACCCAUCAACCACGUAUCUGCAUCUUCAUACGCAUCAACAGCAGCAGCAGCAGCUACAACUACAACAACACCAACAUCAAGCGAACAUCAUGAACUCGGCCACAAUGCUGAUGCAUCAUCAGCAGCAACAGCAACAACAACAACAGCAGCAACAACAAAAUGGAGCACGUGACAGCAGCAGCAGUCGCGGUACCGAACGUGGCGAUGAUCGUACCAAUGGCCGCUCCUCCCACACCGGUCGCGGUUCCAGCUGUUCCCCAGCCUCAUCGCCCGCACGUCAUGGUAAUGCCGUUAGUCCGGUCACAUCUCUCAAUCACAGUAUGAUGCAACAAAUGCAACAACAACAGCAACAUCAGCUCUCACCACCACCCCAUAUGGGUGGUGUACCAACACCAAAUGGCAUGCCGGCCGGUUUACCGCCCCGCAUGCCACAUGGCCUGCCACCGCAUUCAUUGGGUCUCCUCAAUUCACUGCAAAUGAUGCAUCACGCCUCACCGUUGGAGCUAAUGGCGGCCGCCCAUCAUCAUGUACCGCCACGCACCUAUAACAGUCCACCGCCCAUUUCGACCUCCGAUCCCAGUGCCAAUGAAUGUAAAUUGGUUGAAUAUCGUGGACAAAAGGUGGCUGCCUUCAUCAUCAGCGGUGAGACAAUGCUGUGUCUGCCGCAAGCUUUUGAAUUGUUUUUGAAACAUUUGGUCGGUGGCCUACAUACGGUCUAUACGAAACUGAAACGCCUCGAUAUUGUACCGUUGGUAUGCAAUGUGGAACAGGUGCGAAUAUUGCGCGGUUUGGGUGCCAUACAACCGGGGGUGAAUCGUUGCAAGUUGUUGUGUUGCAAGGACUUUGAUAUUUUGUAUCGUGACUGUACGACAGCAAGAUGCCUAUCAAUCAAGCCACCAGAGAGUUCCAGGCCGGGUAGACCGCCAAAGCGUGGACCAGUUGGUUUAUCUCUGCCGCCGACACAUUUGUCACAGCAUCCGCAAAUGAAGAAGCAUCGUUUGGACAACGGUGAAUAUCCCUACGAAAAUGGACACAUAAAUGACAUGAAAUCCCCACUCUUAGCAAACGGUUACAAUCCCCCGCCCAUUAAUCACAUGGCAUUCAUGCAAAUGAAUCAUCAUCCCGGCUCGGCUUUGAUGUCACCCGGUAUGCCACCACAUGGCCUGCACACACGGCCCGAUAGUCAAAUGUUGAAGGCGGCUGCCCAGAGUGGUAUGUCAGCGGCAAAUAUGGAUGCCUUGGCCCGAUCGGGUAUUUGGGAGAAUUGUCGAGCGGCCUAUGAGGAUAUUGUUAAGCAUUUGGAAAGACUUCGCGAAGAACGCACCGAUGAACGCCAGCAAAUGGGUGGUGGUUCGGCUGCCGGCGGCAUGGGCAGUGUUGAACCCAAACCCAGAGACUUGAGUUCACGUAAUUGCUCGCCAAAUCGUCAAAGUCCUGUCUUAAAUCUUUCCAAAUCCGGCGGUAACACCGAUCAGGGUAGCAAUUGUGAUGAGCGUAGUGAACGCAGUGAUAUGCAUUCGCCAGCCCACUCGGUACGCGAUGAUAGCAUAGAACGGGUGAGCGGUCGCAGUGCCGGUGAUGUGGGCGGGGUCAAUGAUCGCAACAACAUGGACGAUGAAGAUAUUGAAAAUAUGAGUGAUGAUAAUGUUUCCGAUGUCGAUGAUCGUAUGGUGAAAGAUGAAGAAGACUUGAGUGAUGUUGAACGUGAUAACAUUUCCACCACCUCCUCCUCCCAACGCCAUUUACAACACACUAUGCCCGCCUCUGCCGCAUCGAUGUCAGCCUCCGCUGCUGGCGCCGGUGGUGAUCGUAUCUCGGUUACGGAUCGCGACUCUACCCAUCCGGCUUUGCAACAUAGUUCACCGUCGCAUCAGGCUGCCGCCGUUGCAGUCUUACAACAUCAAAGAGCUUUGAAUUAUUCACAAUUGGCGGCGGCAGCAGCGGCUGCCAAUGGUGCUGUGAAUGGUCCCACUGGUGUUGUGCCUGGCGCGAAUAGUGUUGGCGGUGCAGGAGGUGCCCUAACACCCAAUGAAGCGCUUCAGAUGGCCACCGCCGAUGCCACCUCUGCCGCAGCAGCAUUAGCUGCAGGUGGUCUAUCAUUGGGACCCUUGGCCAUGGAUCCUGGUUUACCCUCAUCGACAGAGACUUUACUGAGGAAUAUACAAAGUCUGCUCAAGGUGGCGGCCGAUAAUGCCCGUCAACAGGAAAGGCAAAUUACAUAUGAGAAAGCUGAAUUAAAAAUGGAUGUUUUACGCGAACGUGAAGUCAAAGAUUCAUUAGAAAGGCAAUUAGUCGAUGAACGGAAGUUAAGAGUUUUAUAUCAAAAACGUUAUAGACGUGAACGUAAAUUGCGCAUUCGUUAUCAGCAGCAAGUGGAGGGCGGCAAACGUAAAUCGCCCAAUGCCACAAAUGCCGGCAACAACAACAAUGCCAACAGCAAUGCCAGUGGUAAUAAUGGCGGCAACAACAGCAAUAAUAAUAACAACAACAACAGUAUAAGCAACAUCAAUAACAACUCUUCAUCGGCUGGGGAGCAACAGCGUUCGGCAUCUCUAAAUGAGGAUGUCCGUUCCAUAGAUUCAGCCUCGAUGCAUAGCAAACACAGUGGCAGUAUAACAGAUCUGACCCGUAAAUCAGAACAAGAUCAGGAUGGCAAACAAAGUGAAAAGUCUGAUAAAUCAACAACAUCCUCUUUAAAUUCCCACAACACCAACAACAACAACAACAAUAAUUUACAUCACACAGCCGACAACAGCAAUGACAGCCGUAUUCAACAGCAGCAGUCGCAGCAGCAGCAGCAACAACAACAGUCAUCAUCACAACAACAUCUAAGACCCAUGUCUGUAAGUCCCAGUUUUAAACGUGAACCUCACUCGGAUCAUGAAUCACGCGGUGCCGAAGAUUUACCACCCCAACUACGUCAUUUACAUCAUGCUGCUGCCGUUGCCGCCGCAGCAGCAGCUGCUGGUGGCGCUGACAGUGAUCGCCAUUCUUCAAUGGAACGUCUCAGCGAACGUGUCGACGAUAUGGAUGAUCGUCGUUCGGUGGAUCGUGACAGUAAUCGUCCACCCUCUUCGCAUGCUGCAGAGAAUAGUUUGGCUGUUGCCGCCGCCGCUGCAGCAGCAGCUGCUGCCAAUGGCGGUAAGGGCCAGUGGAAUUAUCCCGGUAUCGAUUUAAUGGCUACCGGAGCGUUUUGGCAGAAUUAUUCGGAAUCUCUAGCUCAAGAGAUCGAAUUGGAACGCAAGACCCGUUCCGCUGGGGCCGAUCGUGAUGUCAAGAGUCCCUUGGCCGAAAGGCAGGCAGCUGCAGCUUAUUAUAAAAAUUCGGUGUUAUUUGGUGGUGCAAAUUGAAGAGUUUAAAAGAGGCCAGCGGGCAAAAUGAACAAAAUUUGCUCAACAUGAAAUUCCGACGGCACUGUAAAAAGAAAUAAAAUUCAAAAUAUAAUGUAGGUACAGCAAAGACCUUUUUAUCUUAUAUUCUUAUAUUAGACAGAAAAAAAAACAACAAAAAAUUAUAAUGAUCUCAGAGUGCAAUGUAGGAAAAAAUGACAAAAAAAUUAAACAACAACAAAAUCCAAGUGGUGAAUUUAAAAGAAGGUCAAAUUGGUUAGCUUCUUAGCCGAAAUUCCUCUUUUUUGAUGAAAUUAAUGAAGCCCAUGGGAAAAAAUAUAAUUUCUCCUCGCCCUAAAAUUGUUUCUCAAAAAAUAUAUAUUGUAUUGAGGUUUAAGAAUAGAGACCGAGAGAGAGAGAGAGAGAGAAAGAGAGAGAGAAAUGAGCUCCUUUAUUUUUCGCUUUGAACCAAGACUCCAAUUUUGUUUUCAACCAUAGCAUAGAUUUGCUUGUUUUUACUCGGGAGAGAAACUUGCUCGCGAGUAGUAAUGCUCGAAGAGUGAGAGUUUUUUUUACAGAGUUUACUCUUCACUCUUUUAUUUGAAAUUUAAAUAACACCAUUUUUAAUGGUGCAAGUUAAAAGAAAUCUGAAUAUUUUUGAAGUGAAUUGUAACCUCUGACCCAUUUAGAAAAAUUCCCAAUGGAAAAUAAUUUGAUUUUUCCUGGCAUUUUAAGAUGGGUUUAUUGGAAGGAGUAUUCGUUAUUAGGAACCUGCCCACACCACCACCUCGUCAAGAAUAAUUAAGGAUAAAAUCAUUGUAGAGAAGUUUAAUAUAACAACAAUAAAAACUAAUUAGGGGUUAGAUAAUGGCUCAGAACAUAGGACCCUCUAGGUACAUCAUUUUCUUUGUAAAUAAAACAAUUUUAAUUUUUGGUUUAAUUAUUUUGAAGUAAAUUUUUUUAUAUUAAAAAAUAUAAAAUUUUGUAAAUAAAAAAAACCUAAAAUAGGAAGCGUUAAAAUUCGCUUGCGGAAACGUAGUUUACUAAGCUUAAUAAGAUAUUAGCCAAGAAGUAGCGAUCUAAGUAAAGACUAAAAAGAAAAUAAAUGCUUUUAGCCAGAAACAGCAGCUAAUAACUGUAGCAUGUGAAGCGAGGUUUAGUUGUAGGAGAAAAAAAAACCCAAGUAUUGACAGUGGGACCUCUUUUAAAUCGACACUCUCGAAUAAGGAAAAUAUUUGAAUAAUUAUCUUUAUUUGAGGAUAUUUAACUUUUUCACAAGGACCCCCCUUUACUUAGGGGAGGAAAUUUUGGAAAACCAUUAAUUUCCAUUCAUUCAAGGUUCCACUGUCGUUCAUUUUUGUAAAUAUUAACAUCCCACAACAAGACUUUUUAUAAAAAAAAUUGAUUUCACUCUUUAAAAAAAUAAUUAAAAAAUAUAUACAGAAUUUUAAUGAAUGAGUGGAGGAAAGUUGAUAUGUUAAUAAAUAAAUUUAAAUAAAAAAUACUUAAAUAUUAUUAAAUAAGAAUUUAUUGCUGGAGAAAUCCCUAGAAAUUGCCUCGAAAGUUUUUUUUAGUUGGAUAAGAAUUUUAAUGAUUUUUUUCUCAUUUUUUAUGCUUAAUAAAAAUAAAGUAAAAGUAUAUUUUAAAUUUAAGUAUUAAAAUAAAAACAUAUAUAUAGCUUAAAAAGAAACAACAAACACACCCACACAUAACCUUAUAACAUAAACUAGGUUUAUUUCAUAUACAAUAAUUUUUAAAAAUAUAUAGACAUAGCAUUAAUGCCCCCACAGAUCCCCAAAAAAAAAAUACAUAAAUUUAAGGAAAACUAAUUUUAAAUUUAAAAAAUAUUUAAAAUGAAUUUUAUUAUAUAUAAGCCUAAAAUAUAAAUUGUAUGACUUGAAAAAAAAAAAAACACACACAAAAACAAAAUCAACUAAUCUCACAUGCUUCCCCUCAAAAUCAUCAUUUUCCAAAACCAAAAAAAAAACACAUUCCCCCAAAACACAAUCAGACCACAAUUUAAUUAUCCCAAAAAAAAGAAGGAAACCUCAAAACCCCCAAAAAAUAAUUAAACACACAAAAAAUUAUAAAACACACACACAAACACCUACUUUACAUACCUACAAACAACUAAAAAUGCAUCUAUUACACACCAACAUCAUCCUUAUCAAAUAUUUAUAUCCAAACAACAACAACAAUAAUUACAAUAAAAUACUACAACAAUAACAUUGAAGAAAAUAAUAAUUUAUAAAUUGAAAAAAAAAAAAAAAACAAAACAACAACACUGAAAUUAAAAUAAAACCCUAAAUCUAAUAAUAUAAUUAUUAUAAAUACUAAUAAAAAUGCUUCGUAUUUAGAUAACAAACUGACAGCAGAAACAAAAAAAUUAACUGAAAAUUAUACACAAUACCCACAUUAUAUACAAUGCUAAGCUCCUCCUCUUUAUGCCCCCAUCUCCUAUCGCUCGCUCCUACACAAUAGUAACAAUAAAUUAUUAUUAUUAUUAUAAAACAAAAAACAAAACACAUUAAUAUUACGAUUAUUAUUAUAAACAAUACAAAACAAAAAAACCCUAACAUAUAUUAUUAAUUAUUAUUAUUGAAUAAAUGCAAAAAACAAUACAAAAAAAAACAUCAAACAACA